GUCAAACGUGUUCACUAUUACUCUGACUCUGGUAACGUGACUUCCUGGUAACGUGUUAGGUAGGAAAAGCAGUAAAAAAGUGCAUAUUAAGGGAGCAGAUUUGAAAUAAUAUUUAUACUUAACAAGAAAUAAUUAAAGGUUCAAUGGGGAGACCUAAAGAUUUACGCAUAUGGGAGCACUACCGUACUUUACCAAACAAGUCUGUUUCUUGCAAGCUUUGUAAUAAGGUCUACAAAUUCAGUAAUGCUGCCAAAAUGCUUCAACAUCUUAUCACUUGUCCAAAAUCUCCAGAAACAUUAAAAGACUCUAUGAAACUUAUAAAAGAUAGCUCGUCCAAAACCAAAAUGUCUGGACUGUCAGAGAUAGAGACAAAUGAUUCUUUUAUAAGCCCCUCGUCGUCUGCUAACACUACAAUAAAUGCUGAGUUUCAAGACACCGAUGAUCAUAUAAAAACAGAAUUAGCGAGAGCUAUAUUUGUAACAGGGACGCCAUUAUCGAUGGUGCAACAUCCUUUAUGGAUACAAUUUUUCGAAAAAUUGCAACCAAAAUUUAAAAUACCUUCACGUAAAGCUUUAGCGACAAAAUACUUAGAUAAAAUAUAUAGAGAAAUGCGUUUUGAGUUAAAUGAGGAACUAAAUGCUUGUAGUUACUUACACCUUCAGUGCGAUGGCUGGUCUAAUUUAAGAAAUGAAGGAAUAAUAAACUUUCUUAUAUCAAAACCUCAACCUGCAUACGUUAAAAGUUUGAAUACAGAAAGUAAUCCUCACACUAGUGAAUACCUUAGCCAAGAAGUUGAAAAAGUAAUGAAAGUGUAUGGAGCAAAUAAGUUUCUUGUACUUAUUGGCGAUAACACUAGAAAUAUACAAAAGGCAUUCGAAUUAACAAAACUCAAAUAUCCACAUGUUGUUCCUCUCGGUUGCUGUGCACAUAUCCUUAACUUGUUGUGCCAAGAUAUUGUAAAGAUACAAGAAGUAACUGUGUUUAUUAUGCAAGCCAUAAAUAUAAUAAAAACUGUUAAAAGGAGUCAACGAUUAAGUUCCUUGUUGAUAAAAUCAAGGCAGGGUGAAGAUUCUACACAAACACUAAAAUUGCCUUGUGCUACAAGAUGGGGAAGUCAUGUUACUUCGUUAAAAAGUUUGAAAGCAAAUAAGAUAGCUUUGCAAAUAUUAACAGUUAGAGAAGAUGUGGUAAUUUCAAGAGAUAUUAAAGAUUUAAUUCUAAGUGAUGAUUUCUGGACGAAGACAGGGGAAUGUAUAAGUAUUUUGGAACCAGUCACUGAAAGCAUAUUUUACUUAGAGAGCGACCAGAAUCGUUUGCAUCGCACAUACAUUACAUUUAGAGAUGUACAAGCUAAGAUACGUUUUGCAUUAAAUGAGAUUUCGACAUUGAGCGAAGAAAGCAAACAGCAGAUUCUAACAUCAGUAUCUUCAAGAUGCAAUAUGGCAAUGAGGCCAAUACAUUUUGCAGCAUAUAUUCUAGACCCCAGGACUCUAGGAGUCGAACUUACUCAAGAGGAAGAACUUAAGGGUAUGGAGUUUAUCUACAAUUUAAGCCAACACUUAAGUUUGUCAAAUGUAAUGGCAGAUUUGGCGUGUUAUAAAGCUAAAGAAAACUUUUGGGCCAGAGGAUUUGUAUGGAGCUCAUUAGAUAGCAUUGAGCCCCUAAUAUGGUGGAAAGGUAUUUGUGGUUCCACUGAGUUAAGCAAAGUAGCGAUUCGUAUUCUAUCAGCUCCCUGUACUUCGGCAGCCACUGAGCGUUCCUUUAGUAUCCAAGGCUACAUACAUAAUAACAAAAGAAAUCGACUUACAACUGAAAGAACUGAAAAAAUUUCAUUCAUUUGUUAUAACUGGAAUCUUAAACAUAAAGCUGAAUGCGAGGACAUUCAGUUUAAUGAAGAAAAUACCUUAGAAGCUUUCAUUGAGCAAGUAAAUGAACAUAACAGUUUAGACGAAAUAGAGCCUAUCGAACCUAUACAAUUCAUCGCUUGUAAUAACUCUGAAUCUGACAGUGAUUGACUGUAGUUUUACAUUUUACUUUCAUCUCUUUCUUAAUAAACUCAAAAUCAAAUUAAAAGUUUUUUAUUCUGUAGGCUGCAUAAUAAUAUUGUCUAUGUCCAGUAUAGUGGACGUCUUGCGGCUGAGAUGACGAUGAUGAAGUACAAAAUCAUAAACACCCAAAAAUUUGGGUGUUUAUGGGGUUUAAACCCAAUAAACCCAAAACACCCGGUUUUUACCCACCAGACUUUAAACCCACCCAGGUGG